GCGCUUGCGGCCAAGAGAGAGGUCAAGGCCAUGAUCCACAAGGAUAUCCUGGAGCGACACAAGCCCAAGUGGAACAUCUCGACGCAAGGACCCUCGAAGCGGGUGCUGAAGCAUCAGAUUCUGCAGUACAAUUCGCUGAAGCAACCGUACAACUUUCGAGCCGAGAAGCUGCCGGCCAAGGUUCCGCUGCAGUUCCCGCUAGCCUACGACAAGUUCCACUUUGAUGAGCGCCGUUUGUACACCCGGCCGGCGGCUGCGCGGCGGCAGACGGCAGAGCAGGGUAUCGAUGGUAGCGGUGGUGGUCGCGGCGUGGAGAGUGGCUCGCGGGCGUCGCUGGGAAACUCGGCCGGGCCAGUGUCGGCGGGUGGGAGCCAGCCGUCGACGCCGCAUGUCGACAUCUUUCUCGGUGACUAUGACCCGUCGCUGGCCACGGUAGGGCCGGACUCGCCAGACUCGGCCGGUGAGAAGCAGGCGCGCGAUCAGAGUAGGGCGUCGGCCAGCGAACGGGCACUGCAGGCUCGCAACUCGGUUGAUGACUUGCAAGGCGAGGACGCGAGUGAGGGCAGACAGAGCAGGCGGGUGCGGCUGGCGACGACAGUCAACAUGUCACGCGACGAAGUGCUCGCCACACGGGUGGUCAACACGCGAACGGAGAUCCCGACAGCGCCGACGCUGUCGGGCGACAAGCCCGAGUGGGACGUGACGACGUCGCCGGACCGCAAGGCGCUGAAGGCGCAGGCACACGCCGAGUGGCGUGCAGUCGAGGCGCGGCGCAAGGCGCUUGCCCGCUCAAGUCGUAGGCAUCCAACUCUGAUGGAGCGGACGCAGGCCAUCAGCGACCAGGUCCGCCGCGACCAGCAGCGCAAGCAAUACGAGCGGCAGCGGCUGCGCGAGCUCUACGGUCCGACCUACGAGCUGGAGACCGACGAGGAGCGGGUCCGCCGCGCUGCCCGCAAGUCGUUCCGCCCGCGCUUCCGCGCCCGCAACCGUGUCCCGCGCACUAGGGAGUACUUUCAUCUCGGCGUCCUUCAGGACGUCACCAUGUACGCAGCCGGGGACGGCGAUGAUGACUCGGACGCGGAGACCCAGGCGUGGUCGUGCUGCAUGGGCGCGCCGUCGACCAAAGGCUGCGCCUAUCGCUACCUCCCGGACAACCGCUCGUAUCUCACCUCACUCCCUCGCCUCGACUUUUAGCCACUGGCUGUCACGUGCGGCAGUGAGGAGGGGAAGCUGUGUCCGCUCACGUCAUGAACAGACGCACGCGCUCAUCCUUGCGCCCCCCCCCCCUUCGAUAUCCUUCCAAACAAUCACAUCGCAAGAACACGAACGCAUAUCUAAAUGCGUG